AGGUAAUUGGAGCAGACAGCAGUUGGCCAGGCUGACCUGACUGACAGACAACAACAGUUCAAAACUCAUGCUGAAGACUUCCAGUGAGCUGUGCUGGAAAAGAGGGGGAGAGAGAAAAAAAUCAAGUUUGAAGAAGUUGGAUUAACCCACAGAGGAUCUGUUUUGAAGAAGUGGGUGGAAAAUGAGAAGCCUUGAUCUGCUCCUGCUGACAUGUUGCCUGUGCAGCCUGAGCGCAUUGGGAGGCGCCGCGGGGAUGGAGCAGGAUCUGAUGAAGAAGCUAUUCACCAACUACAACCUUAAGGUCCGGCCGGCGGCCAACCCAAUGGACAGGGUGGUGGUCCGUGUGGGUAUGAUCCUGACCUCCUUCGUUGGACUGAAUAUGAAGAAUGAAGAAAUGAGCACAGUUGUUGUUAUGAAUCUGGAAUGGACAGAUCAUCGGUUGUCGUGGAAACCAAAGGAGAACGAUGGGAUUGAGGUGUUGCGUAUCCCUGCUGCGAAAGUGUGGCUGCCCGACAUUGUCCUCAUCAAUAAUAACGAUGGGGUGUUUGAUGUGGCCUUGCACGUCCAUGUUCAGGCUUACAGUAAUGGCAGAGUUACCUGGACUCCCCCUGCACUCUACUGCAGCUCCUGUGGCGUUGAGGUGGAAAAUUUCCCAUUUGACUGGCAGAAGUGCACCAUGCAGUUCCGCUCGUACACUUACGACUCGACGGAGAUCGACCUGCAGUACGCUCUGGACCCAAAAGGCAAUGAGAUACGGGAGAUCCAACUGGACGAGUCUUACAGUGAGGGCGGCGAGUGGCACAUCACGCACAAGCCUUGCCGGAAGGUUGUGAGCGACGACCAGUACGAGGACAUGAUCUUCUACCUGAUCAUCGAGAGGAAGCCCCUGUACUACGUCCUGAACAUCAUCCUCCCCUGUAUCCUCAUCACCAUCAUCGCCAUCUUCAACUUCUACCUGCCACCUGAUGCAGGUGAAAAGAUGGGUCUGUCCAUCAACGUGCUGCUGACCCUCACUGUCUUCCUACUGCUGCUGGCGGACAAGAUCCCAGAGACGUCGCUGGGCGUGCCCAUCAUUGUCAAGUACAUCAUGUUCACCAUGAUCCUGGUCACCUUCUCCGUCAUCCUAAGCGUGGUCGUCCUCAACCUGCACCACCGCUCCCCCAAUACCCACCUGAUGCCCAUGUGGGUCCGUAAGAUCUUCAUCCACAUGCUGCCUCCUUACCUGUGCAUGCUGCGGCCCAAAGUGGAGACCCCUUUCUACCUGGAUAUAACACCCCGCCGAGUGAAAAGCAGGGUCGCCAUCAGCAAAGUGGCGGACGAAUACUUCAUCCGCAAACCUGACUCCUCUGUUCUGUUCCCCAAGGCCAACAGGUUCCAUCCGGAGGGCAUGUGCACGGACCUGAGAAAAUUCAUUGACGGCCCCAGUAGCUACCUUUCGUUACCUGAUGAGCUCAAAUCAGCCAUAGACUCCAUCACAUAUAUCGCAGAGGCUCUGCAGGCGGAGAAGGACUAUGAAGCUCUGAAGGAGGACUGGCAGUACGUGGCCAUGGUGGUGGACCGCAUGUUCCUCUGGAUCUUCGUCAUCUUCACCACCGUGGGAACCUUGGCCAUCUUCAUCAAGGCCAGCCUCCACCGCACGCCCGCCGACCCGUUCAACUGAAGCACUUGAACUUUUAAAUCUUUUUGAACCCACCGUCUCCCCGAUUCACCACCUUGAAAAAACAACACGGGAAAGAAAAAAUCAUCGGAGUUACCUGCCAGUGAUAGACACUCGGCAGUAAGUGCAUUGUCUAGAUAUGUAGAUAUAAUGCAGAUGCGAUACAUAUUGGCAAUAUAUUCUGUAAUCGUGUCAAACUAUAAUUUCUAAUACAACCCCAAAUUGAAGGUAAAGACUGUUGCUGUGUCUUAAGAUGGAUAUUUCAGUCAGUACACACACAUAGCACACUGUGCAGUACGCUCACUGGCAGAGUGAAUUUGAACAGGGUGGUAUUGUCUCAAAUCAAACACAGCCAUUGUGCAACUACUGGUAACUUGCCAAAAUAUUCCGAGUGCACUAUUGAAGUACAUACUGUACCUGCAUAUUGCACUGCCUGUUGAAUCCAAUAAUACACUCAAGAUAGCAGAGUAUUGACCCUUGGCUCCAUCGCUGCGUCAAGACCAAAGCUGACAAAAUUUUAUGUACCAGGUCAAAUUUUUAUAAAUUGCACUUGAGCAAAACAACAUGUAUCUUUAUGCUAUCUAUUUAGGGGUUGGCAUGUUGUUUGACCACCUGAGUUUCUUCAGAUAGUACGCCUUCAGAAAUGACUGCAGGGGGUUUUGUCUCAACGUGUAAAUGUAGUGCUGCAAAGAAUCACAUCAUUUGAACCCUACCAAAAUGUUGCAUUACACGUGCAAGGGCACUGAUUAUUGCAUGAAAUAAAAAAGAAAAGAGCCCAACACAGUGUUUGGAAUGCGUGACAUGUAAAAAUAGAUUCAUCUAAUUUGCUGGAGUGUUUUUCAGGGUAUCGGCCACACGGAGUGUGUGGAUCCGGGGUUUGAUGCUCGUACGUGGUGUUAACACAUAAACACCGGCACAAACCAGAUGCUAUAACGAGCAAGCUUGUGUGCCUUUCAUUUCCCUGUGUCAGAAUGUGCCGGAGCGUGACACAUGCUUUGUGGAUAUUUUUUGCCACCGUAGUAAUCCCCUUUGUAUUUUCGGCACUGAUGUGUGUGUGUGUGUGUGUGUGUGUGUGUGUGUGUGUGGAGUGCAGAGCAGCACGCCAACGCAAUUCACCACCGGUCGCACCGAUGGCCUUUGGAAUCCCCACCAUAUGGAGGACCUGUGCCUUUCAAGUUCUGCUCUCCUGCACACACAGACACACAUGGCAAACACACACCUGCCUUUUCAAUCUUGUGUUUCCAUUUUGUUGUUUGCUUGGAUUUUUUCAAAAAUAAAGAUCUGAGGGGAGGUUCGCAACUCUCUGCCGUGAGAGUCGCGAACCUUGCUCCGUCACCUGCC